AUGUUACAAGGAAAUUCUGCAGAGAGACAGAUCGAAAAUAUGAUUAAAGUGAAUUUUCACUUUCGACGUUCCAACCUAAAACUUGAAUCUUCAUCUCAUUUUAAUCGAGAACCUAUUCAACAAGCCACAUCUCCCACAACCCCUACUUUGGCAAAUAUUUCAAUAGAAAACUACGAUCUUCAAGAAAUUAAAGAGAAUAAAGAAAAGCAAUAUAAUGAAUUGUCAGAGGAUAAGUUUGAUAAAGAUGCAAGUAAUUCUGAACAGGACUCCUUACGUAAUCAUAAAUUUGCCAAGUUUUUUGAAGAGAAUGAAAAUAAUAAGUAUGUGGAUACCCCUCGAGGCAAAGGCAAUUUAGACAUUGUAGAAGUUGAAGGAAAAUUUCCAUAUAAAGAAAUUACUACUAAUAUUACAAUCGAAGCAAAUGAGAUUAAUGAUAAUAUUUCACCUUAUGUCCUUUGA